CACGCUGAUCGCCUCACAAAGUGACGCAGAGACCCAACACAAAGGGGAAAGGAAAACAAUAUGCGUGCCGGGUCCGUUACUAUCAAUGAAGCAGGUGAGUUGGUAGGGCACCCCCUCUGAGCGGCCACGGAACGUCGCGAAGAGUGUACAUAUAUGUUAGUACCACUCCGUUAGGGAGAACGUAUGCCCAACCUUAAGGACAACACACCAGAACAGGACAUAUAGCAGGUGCCGAGAGGGCGGCGGUCUCGAAGCUUCGUGUUGCCAGUGGCGGUGUGAAAACUUCAUCUGAAGGGCACAACCAUGUUUCUGGAGGUCAACGAGAACAAAAUGAGGGUGUCCAGCAACCAUCUGGGCGGACUUGCCCCUCAGCUGAAGCGGUACAGGAGCCAGCCCAGCAAGCCGCUAGACCUGACCCUGAAGCCGAGUGAGACCCUGCCCUCCCACAUCGCUACUCUGGAGUACUUCAACAGGAAGAACCUGCAUAGUGUGGAGACGGAGGUUCACAACCCGCUACCUUCACAGGACACUAUCAACGAAGAGACUGGGCUGAUCGAGUGGAACACCAAACCGUGGCACUACGGAGUCACCUUAGCUCACUUCUCUUACGCAGACGAACCAACUUCCGACGAUUCCCGUCUGCAGCCGUCAACAAAAAUCCAUGAAAAAUCGUCAGAAACUGAUCAGACAACUCCAUCUGCGGAUGGCACAGCUUUACAAACUAAGACUGUAGAAGAGGAUGGAGACACACCGCACUCUGAAGGGAGAAGCAAAGAAGAAAUUGUUGCAUCGGCCACAAAAAGAUCCUUCGGUAUGGCCGUACGGGACGUUAAGUUUGCCACGACGCCCAAACUUAUCUGCAAGGUGCUUCAGGCCAACCAGGUCAUGUUCUUUCAGGACGAAUUCGCAGAAGCCGCCAUGGAAAUGGAGAGAAAGGCACAAUACGAUUAGCAUAGGUAGGGAACGAGACUUUUAAAAUGGUGAUAG